CGUAACGAUUUCCAUUUGUUGUCAAGUCAAUUAAUGUUUGAGAGAAAAUGGAAAAACACUUAUUCAUUGCUAUGCUUUAAAACAAAAACCAAAAUGUCAUCAUCCCUAUUUAUGUCUAUAGGUGGUGAGAUUUGAGUCCUGAAUAUUAUUCUUUUCCCUAGAAAAAAUAAUAUUUGUAUUUUUUUUUAUCAACCUCCUUUUUAACAAAAAAUCGCAUUGAACCAGAAUAGGACGCGUUGUGUUAUCGUGUUGUAACUGCUACUUACAACGUCAAUCGUUCAAGGCUUAUACAGCAAGAGCGGUCUCAAACAUGUUGAAAAAGUUUAAAUCUUUUUACAAUAAAGAAAACCAAGAUUUCUCAAAGGGAUAUGUCGAUCCUUAUGAGUUUCAUCAAACAUUUUACUUCGUGAUGAAAGCCUUCAAAGUGGCUGAACUGGACAGCAAGCACAAACCUUCGUUAUGGAGUCAAAAUGCUGUUAUAUUCGCUACUGGGCUUUUGGCUGCAAUUUUGUCUUUUGCCUCCUUUAUUCACGGCGUAGAUAUUUUCGACAUUCCACUCAUUACGGAGGCUGGAACAUACACCAUUGUUUUAACCUACGAGUUACUAAUACAGACAUGUACCAGAAAUGACUUACCGCAAUACCAUAAUUUCCUGAGAGCCAUGAAAACAGAUUUCCAUUAUAUCUGCACAGUCGGAGAAAAGUACCGGGUACCUUAUUUCGAAGAACAAUUGAAGACGUGGAAGAUAUGCAUAUUUGCCUGUAUUUUCACCGCAAGCAUUGCUAUAGGGAUGGUUAUAUUUGCCUUUCUCUCCUUAUUCUACUUCUUGGCUACUACCAAACCAGAAGAUGAAGGAAGCAGGCCUCUUUUGUUCCCAUUCUGGUUGCCUGAUGUGGAUUUUGGGAAGUCACCAGUGUACGAAAUGGCGUUCAUUUUCUCUAAUACUUGUGCUAUACUAUACGCCUAUAAUUAUAUCUUUAUGAUUCAAACUCAAAUAGUAUGGAUAAGACAGAUCACUUCAAAGGUCGAUAUAGUGGUGUGGAGCAUUCAGGAUCUUCUGGUGGACAUACUCCCAGCUACUAAUGAACAGGAGGAUCUACUAUAUUCUCAGCUCAUUGAUACGCGGAUGAGGGAUAUUGUUCGACACCAUCAGUCUAUGUACAGCCUUAUGGAAGAUUAUGCGAUUGUUUACAAGAAGUUAUUGAUGUUUGAACAAAAGUGUUGCGGUCCUGUGGUGUGUCUAACUGCCUAUUGUAUUGCAGAGAAAUUCGAUGAAGGUGAAUUUCAAGCAAUACUUCUAUUGCUCUGUGUAGCAACCAUAGUACUGCAUUUCAUUCCAAGUUACAUGUGCACUUAUUUAGCUUUCAAGGUAAGCUCUGUGUGUGACGCUUGUUGGAGCACUCCAUUUUGGAAUGCAGGCCCCGUGAUACGUCCUUACAUGGUCCUUAUAAUGCAGCGCUCGCUUCGACCUCUGCCGCUCCAAGCCCCGGGCUUUGAAGACAUCUCUAUUGAAACAUUCUCAAAGGCAAGUAACCUAAAACAUUGGACAAUUUCAGUAAGAGAGAACGGCUAGUUAACAAUUUUUUUUUGUACUCUGUUCCAGAAAAUGACAUCGGCGUACUCGUACUUCAAUAUGCUGCGGCACACGAAUAUACAAUAAAUAUCAGUAUUGAAAUAUAAUCUGCACCCAUUAAUUAGCAAGAAGCGCACUCAACUUAAUUGAUUCAAUUCACUCCCAUCGGUAAGAAACGUACCAUAAAACACAGCACAGCCAAUAGAUUAAAUAAAAGGCGAUAUUAUACAAAACUUUGUUUAUUUAUUUAACUUUAUCCUAUUCAAACUUGCCUACCUAAACGGAGCAUUUUGUACAAGUGAAUACGCAAACUUUGAAAUUCUCGUCACGUAAAAGUGGCGCCCAACGUGGGGCCAGGCAAACACAUCGGUGUUACCUGCUAAUCUUAUUAUUUACCUCUUCAGCCACUUCAGGUUAUUUACACAAACGAGUUUAACAACAGAAUAUUACAUAAUUUUGUUAAUAUUUCGGGAAAUACCGGUGCUUAAUCACUUAAGUAAUUCAUUUAGGUAGUCCAAUUCGUAGAAAUUUAGUAAUAGAACGUUUAUAUUUAUCUUGAAAUACGAACACAAAAUCCGUUUUGACUAUAUUCAGUAAGGAUAUACCUUAUUACACAGGAGCCAUAACUUACAACAACCGAAUAUUUUAUCAGGAACACAAAAAUAACAAGAAUCACAAACACAAAUCAAGUGACCAUAAAGUCAUGGUCACAUUAGACAGACACUACAGGGCACUUUCACAGCGCAAUAUCCAAUACAACACGUAAAUUAUCACGCUCCA